CAGUGCCACGUCAGCAACAGUGCCACGUCAGCAGUGCCAUGUCAGCAGUGCCCCGCCACCAUGACGGUCUCAGUUCUGGGCAUGCCACGCCAACUGGCCAAUGAGUCCAUUGCCAAGUACCGACAGCGGUUCCAAGCUCAGCUCGCACUGAUCGAGGCUGAGGAACAGCGUCAGGCGGCAGCCGAGGCUGCCCGCCUACAGGCUGAAGCGGCGGCAGUAGCUGAAAAGCAGCGACUUCAGGCAGAAGCUGACACAGAUGCCCAGGUCCGCCUCAAGGAGGCCCAGGAUCUGCUACAGCGGCACGAAGCCGCCAGCAUCGAAAAGCUCAAGUUCUGGCAUUUUGAACCAUCCAAGAACCACGAAGACGCGACACCGGAAGAGCAGCACAAGGAAUUUCUCGCCAAACUCGUGACCCGGUUGGUUUAUACUUGUAACCACCUGCAGUGCGAGCUGGCGAAUCUCCGACGGGUGGUGCGGAACCACAAGGAUCUGCACGAGGAUGCUACACGGGCACUUGAUUCCCGUGUACAGGACUUGGAGCAAGUUGAACCAGGACCAGAUGCUGGCGAGUCCAGCAGUGCACCCUCUACCCGCCAAUUGGAGGAGUUGACCACGUAGUCGCAAUGCUCGGCGACAUCA